GCAGCUAUAAAUAGGCCCUAGCAGACUAUAGCUGUAUUCAAGUACUUCUCACCAUCUAUAUACCAUACCAAGUGCUGAGCACAAUGCCAUUCAGGAAUCUAUUGACAUUGCUACUUUGUUCUUGCUGCACAUUGCAGCUUACAAUACUGGCUCCUCUGGACAAUGAUUUAAACAGGGAGUUAACUUACCCCAGUGUAGUGGAUGACCAUGGCAACCAUCUUAGUUACGAUGUAACUGCAGUAGAUUCUCACCGGCACAGAAGAAACGCUCAAGCAAACGACGCUCGAACAUAUUUUAAAAUUGAUGCAUUUGGAGAGUCACUCAUUCUCAAUGUAUCUCUCUCCACUGAUUUUAUUCACACUGAUGCAAAUAUUGUCGAGUAUGUCCACUCCAAUGGGAACUCAACCGUGCACACGUCCGUGCAAAGUGCCUGUCAUCACGUAGGUCAUGUGCAGUCUGUGAGCGAUCUGAUUGGUGGAGACAAGGUUGCCGGGGGAGAUAGCGGACAAUGGGUCUCAGUCAGUAGCUGCAGGGGAUUGCGUGGAGUCAUAGCGACGCAGUCUGGUUACAUGUUUAUAGAGCCAGUGAUGUCACAUGAUGUCACAGAGGGUCCAAGGCAACACACUGUCUACAAGAACACUGAGACUGGCAAGUGCACCACUCCACAAGACCCCCUGGAGAGUGCAGCUGUUCCAGUCAGGACCUCCCACCAAGACCCCCCGGAGAGUGCAGCUGUUCCUGCUGGGACCCCCCACCAAGACAGGCUCAAACGAAGCGUCCUGGCCUCGGACAUCACUAUAGAAAUGGCUGUAGUUGCUGACAAGAGCAUGUUAGAGGCAUACGGACGUGAGGACCUCGAGGCAUUCCUGUUCACCGUCAUGGGUGUGGUCCAUCACUUGUAUGGUGAUCCGAGCAUUGGUCACUUCAUCAAUGUAGUGCUGGUCAGAACCAUCAUCCUGGAGGAGCGAAUGUUUUCAUCAAACGACAACGGCCAUCGUAUGUUGGAUGAUUUCUGCAGUUGGCAACAAUCUCUUAAGGAGGACGGAGGGGCACGCUUUGACAUGGCUGUCAUGGUAACCAAGAAUGAAAUAUGUGAAGCUAACGGUCUUAACUGCGGCACUCUAGGAAUGGCUGACAUCAGCAGUGUGUGUAGCGGGAAGAGGAGCUGCAACGUGAACAAGGACACAGGACUCAGCACAUCCUUCACCAUAGCACACGAGCUGGGGCACAACCUUGGUCUUCGUCACGAUGGUGACCCCCAGGCUCGCUGCUCCUCUGACCCCCUCUACCUCAUGGCCCCAACAUUUGCCGAGUCACUCAACCCUCACAUGUGGUCAUCGUGUUCCAGAGAACAACUUACUAAACUACUUAGUGAUAAAGACCAAGUGUCCUGUCUACUUGACAAACCUGGUUCGGUUCAGUACCAGUUCUCAGGCAGUCCCAUUCUGCAUGGAAUGGAGUACACACCCACUGAGCAGUGCAGACUGCAAGCUGGCACCAACAGCACUGAGCAUUGCCCUGGAAUGGAGAAUGAUUGCCGAUAUCUCUGGUGUCGACCAUCUGAUCGUUCCUCUGAAUGUGCCCACAAGCACAGUCCCCCUGCCCCCGGGACUGCCUGUACUUUGACCUCUGGAGGAGAGGGAGUGUGCUAUCAGGGGGCGUGUCAAGAGUAUAGUCAUGUGAUAGAUCCGAGGGAUGGUGGCUGGGGGGAGUGGAGAGAGUGGAGCGUGUGCUCUCGUACGUGUGGGAUGGGUGUGCAGUACAGCGAGAGGAAGUGUGACUCACCAAUACCUGCUAAUGGUGGACGAUGGUGCUCUGGUCCUAAGAGACGGUACAAUGUGUGUCACCCGGAGGACUGUCCCCCCUCCCAAGAGAGCUACAGGGACACCCUCUGUCGGCAGGACCCUCCCAACCAGCACUACACCUCCUGGAAAUCUGCCAGUCUAGCUGUCAUCAAUUAUCAGAAGCUGGACAUGUGUUAUUCGCAUUGUGAAACGCCUACACGCGACUAUAUACACAGCGUCAUGCAUCGCCUUGACGAUGGAGCUCCAUGCCGUACUGACGAAUCACGAGGAGUGUGUGUUCAGGGACACUGUGAGGCUGUGAGCUGUGGGGGCGUGCUCGGUGUGGACGCGUACAGGGACGAGUGUGGUGUGUGGUGUGGGCGGGGAGACAGCUGUGUGAGGGUCUCCGGAAUAUUCAACAAUAUCACACAACCAAAAAAUUACUAUUACUACGAGGCUGUGUUCAUACCGGAGGGAUCUACCAACAUCAAGGUGGAAGAAGUAACUCCUUCCACUAACAACUACGUUACCAUCGACGGAACUGAAUCAAAAAUCGAGAAAUUCAACCUAGUAGUCCGAAGAGAAGGCGUCUCUAACAUGUUCUUUGCGGACAGUACCUGGAUGUACGGUCGAGUGCAGGGCAGCCCCGAGUAUUUCACAACUGAAGGUCCGAUUAACGAAGGGAUACUAGUGUAUGUACUGGCAAACUCAACGUAUGGUGGAGUCCGAUACACAUUCUCGGUACCGGAAUCAAAACUUGAUGAAUUGAGACAUCCAGUUUAUCGCUGGAAAACUGGAGAAUGGGGUACUUGCGAGGCAGACUGUGGGUGGGGCUUACGCACUAGAACUGUAUACUGUGUCCGUGUUUCUAAUAAUACAUCCGGGGGUGAUGUUAUCGCUGAUCCUUUCUUGUGUGAUCCAGCUUCUAAACCAAUGAGCCAAGAUCGUUGCUAUACUGAAGACUGCGUGUAUGAUUGGCGUGUGGAUAGUUGGAGCGAGUGUAAUAGCACAUGUGGUAGUGGACAUCAAUCUAGAAAAGUUUCUUGCGAAUGGACAAGACGAAACGGUGUCAAAGAGAUUGUGAAUUCUACUCAUUGUGAGUUGGGCAUUAAACCGCUCUCAUUUACAACUUGUCAUGUGACGUGUACGUACGAAUGGGCUGCAUCUGAAUGGAGUGAUUGCGACGUCAUAUGUGGCAAUGGCGAUCAGACUAGGACCGUGGAUUGCAAUCAAAUAGAUGGAGAUGGAAUUAUCUUGAAAGUAGACGAGUCAUACUGCGCCAAAGACACGAGGCCAGAGCUUGUGCGUACGUGCCAGCAACCAGACUGUGUAUACGUGUGGACACCUACACAAUGGAGUGAGUGCAGCUCUGAAUGUGGUGUCGGUGAUCAACAGAGAAGCGUGUUGUGCCACUGGGAUAAAGGAGUACUCGGUAGACAAACGGUCAGUGAGGACUUCUGUGAUGCCAGUUUUAAACCUGUGUUGUCACAAAGUUGCUAUUUGUAUGAUUGUGUGUACGGCUGGACUGUUAACCAAUGGAGUGGAUGCAGUGUGACUGUUUGCGGAGACGGUAUUCAGGAAAGAACGGUAAUUUGUGAAUGGACUAAAAGAAACGGAGAACGACUAACCGUACUAAAUAGCAACUGCCGCUCUAGAGAACCUGUUUCCACACAAGCUUGUCACGUUGACUGUAUAUACGAGUGGAGUGUGUCACAGUGGGGCAGCUGCACUGGACUGUGUGGAGAGGGGGUGGAGAAAAGAGACAUAGAUUGUCAGUGGAUAAAGACAGAAGAACUCAAAGAACAAGUUAGCGAUGUCCACUGUGCGCCCAUCUCUAAGCCAGCUUCUUCAAGAGCGUGUGAGCUCCAGAAAUGCCGAUAUAGCUGGCUGACUAAAGAGUGGGCGGAGUGUGAUGUUGAGUGUGGUGAAGGUUGGAAACAACGAGAGGUCGUGUGUCAGUGGGAGGACCUCUUGAUCAGCGGAGGAUACAGUAUGGGAGAGGCUCUAGUGGAAGAUGAGAUGUGUGGAGAACAACUGAGACCUGAGGAUCUGGUGAUCUGCCACGCCCCUCAAGCAUGUCCACAGUGGCACACUUCUACGGACUGGUCAAAGUGCUCGGUGUGCGGGGUAACAGGAACACAGUCACGCUCUAUAGAAUGUCGGGACUCCAGUGGAGCUAUAGUUGACCACACCUCCUGUUCCUCGGAGGAACGUCCCACAGAGGAACAAGAGUGCACUGAAGAGUGUCCGCCACCUUGCGAGGACUUGUUAUCAGAUUGCCAAUUCUAUCCCAAAUCAUUCUGUCGUUACCAGAACAUAAAGACAUCAUGUUGUGUACUUUGUUCAUAGCAAUACUGGUAUUUAUAUUAAUAUUAAUUAAAUUAAUUAUUAUUUUUAAUCAAUCAAUUUGCACUUAUAUAAUAUAUUUUUGUGAUCCAAUUCAUCAUUGUCAAAAAAUUACAGAUAAUAAAUUAUUUGGUAAACUAAUUAAAA